GUGUGUGUGUGUGUGUGUUCUUCUAUCUCUGUCUCAGAGCAUCAGUGCCAUUGUUCACCUGCUGCCUCGAACCCACCUGGUGUUUACUGCUAGGCAAUAAACACCCGUGUGUGUAUGUGUGUGUGUAUGAGAGAGAGAGAGAGAGAGAUAGAGAGAGAGAGAGAGAGAGAGAGAGAGAGAGAGAGAGAGAGAGCGAGUGAGCAAGAGAGAGAAAGAGAGGGAGAGUGGACUUACUCUACCAACACACACAUCCCUCCUGUUUCUCUCAAAUGCCUCCUGCUCUAAAUAACGGCUCUGCUACUGAUAGAUCUUUUGUUCUUUAAUGUAACAUCUGGACACAUGUGCACAUCUGGCAGUAAGAUCUGAUUGGAAAGGGAUUUCACAGGACUAUCAGGAACCACCAGGUCUGUUCUGUGAUUAAUCAAUCCUAGAGUCCUUUGUGUUGGACAAUGGAGGAAUCCAUAAUUGUGACCCGCACCGCAUAGAUCUGAGCUCCAAAGAUGGCAGCAUCUGGAUACCCUCAGACCCCCGACCUUAACGAAACACAAGCCAACCACUCACUACAAAAUGGAACAUCUGUGCACCCUACUCCCAGCAUGCAGUUGGGCACCAUGUCCAAUCCACAGUCCCGUCUCCGGGAUGCCAUGGGUCUGGUGGCCAUGGUGACACUGAACGCCGUGGCUCUGCUGGCGAACCUGGCUGUACUGAUUGUGGUGCUGAAAGCGGCACACCUGAGGAAGUACAGCUUUGUGUGGCAUUUAUGUGGUGUGGAUGUGCUGUGCGCAGCCCUUCUGAUGCCCCUAGCCAUCGUGUGUGGCUCGCCAUUCUUCGCUGGGGUCAUCUUUACUCCACUUGAGUGUCGCCUGUACGUCUUCCUCAAUGCUUUUCUGAUCUCUGCCUCCAUCUUCACAGUGACAGCGAUCAGCGUCGAGCGCUACUACUAUAUCGUGCACCCGAUGCGCUACGAGGCCAAAAUGACACCCCGCAUUGCAGCUGCGGUCAUGGCGCUUGUCUGGUUGGCAUCUGCUGUCCUUGGGUUGGCUACUGUGUUUGGGUGGCCCAGUUAUCGUCACCACAGCGCCAUUGCUGCCGCCCACUGCUCACUUCACUGGAGCCACAGCGGGCACCGGCGUGUUUUCUCCAUCAUCUUCUGCGUGCUUUGCUUUUGCGUCCCGGCCGCCAUCAUUCUAGCUGUGUAUGCGAACGUCUACAAGGUGGCGCACAUGGCCGCCCGACACAGGGGUCCUCUGCCUAGCUGGGUGCCUGCAACACCUCGUCCAAAACACCGCUCUGACUCAGUCAACAGCCAAACCACCAUCAUCACCAGCAGCUCGAGUGCUAGGAGAGGGACAGGAACACAUGCACCACGCAGGCCACGCAGGACACUGGUGGGCGGUAAAGCAGCACUCACACUGGCUGUCAUCGUGGGCCAGUUUGUCCUCUGUUGGCUGCCAUACUUUGCCUUCCACCUUCACUUGUCCCUAGGUGUUGCCCACAGCUCAGCUGAUGAGGCAGAAGGCCCUGUCACGUGGCUGGCGUACUCUUCAUUCGCUGCAAACCCAUUUUUCUAUGGCCUGCUGAACCGCCAGAUUCGUGAGGAGGUGUGUAAGACGAUGUGCUGCUGUUGCCGCUCGCCCAGCAGACCCGCUAGACCUCCACAGUCCGGGCACGAUGCCUCUGCGCAUGAAGACUUCCUGCACUUCCUGAAGCGCAGCAGCUCGGUUGAAGCCACACGCAGCAGUUACAACACUGCAACUCCCAGAAACACACUGGACCAAACUGGCUUCAGGAUACCAGGACAGAUACCCGAGGAACUCACCUAGGCUGCCAAAUCUGGAACAUUAAAACUGGAUCCAAAUCUGGAAUGUUUAGAAUUGGAUCCAAUGCUGGUAGAGUCAAAAAAAGAGUCCAAAUCUAGACUGUGCAAAUGGGAUCCGAAUCUGGGGCUUUUAAACCAGAUCCAAAUUUGGAAUGCUAAAAACAGAUCUAAAUUAAAAUUAGAUUGAUGGAAGAUUGAAAUAAAAUCCAGUUCAAUGUUAAAAUCAGAAUUAAAUCUGGAAUUGAACCAGAGCAUCAAAGUGAAUAUAAAGAUAAAAACAAAUUCUGAAUAAAUAAAUAAAUAAAUAAAUAAAUAAAUAAAUAAAUAAAUAAAUAAAUAAAUAAAUACUGCUCCAGCAUUCCUGCUAUUUUAGCAUUUACUCAGAUGCUGCUGAAAGCAGGUCUAAUCAAAUAAAUCUGAACAAUGAAGAAAUGUACAGUUGGUUCUGCUUUGUCAUGCUAAUAGCAUGUGAUAAUAUGAGCGAUAUAAUCAAGGCCACACACACAUUUAUACUGGGUUGUUUAUGUAGACUGAGUUUUAACAUGGACUACUAUUUUUAAAUAAUUAAGAUCAGUUUUAAAGGAUUAUUAUAAAUUAGCAAAUUUUAUCGGUCCGUUCCUGAACUAAAACGAUCCCUUGACUUGAAUUAGAUCGAAUCAAAGAUGUGAAAAUAAAAUCUGAUUCUGAGGUCGGGCUGUUUGAAGCCAGCCUCAGGUACUCAGGGCUGUUAGUUUUACAGAGAAGUAAGAACAUUUUCUUACACGGACGCCACAAUAACGCCUUUAGUUAUGGUCUUCGUCCGUGUUUUAUCAGGACGAGAAUUUUCCUUGCAAUCCUUAACCAACACGUCUUCAUUCGCUCGCCUUAAAACAUGGAUGUGGUAUUUGGUAACUCAGUGGUUAAGGUGUUGGGCUACUGGUCGGAAGGUCAUGGAUUUGAGCCCCAGGUCCACCAAGCUGCCACUGCUGGGCCCCUGAGCAAGGCCCUUAACCCUCAGUUGUAAGUCACUCUGGAUAAGGGUGUCUGCUAAAUGCCAUAAAUGUAAACACAACUCUAACUUUUUUUUUAAAUCAGGAAACUCUCAACCUCUCCUUUAAAUCCAUCUUUUUUUUGUUGUUAUUGAUUUAACGAAUAUCCUGUAUGUUGGUAUCAGUGCUUGAUGAGUUGUUCUGCUCAACACUGAAGACUCUGCAUUAGUAUCUUUGACAUGGUGUUGUUUAAUAUUGUUUAAGAAGAUAUUUUAACAUUAAUAUUCGGUCAGCUGUAAUGUGAGUAGAUCCACGUCGAGUUCACGGUGGUGUACGAAACAAUAUUUGUUUGGAACUCUUAUUUAUUCGAGAUUAAAAGCCGUCUUUCCGUUUCGAUUUCUGUUCAUUUCUUUUUCCGUGUGGCUCUGAGAUGUUUCUAAGACGUCCUGUCUCCCUGCUGAAUAAAACACCCUUCACUCUGUCACUGUAAAUGUGUUAUACAGCGUGUCUUUGUUGAGAAAAAAAAAAUGAUUUAACAGUCUUGGUGAGCUCCACUGCUGGAUAAUGUGUGUCUCUGCUAGUCGAGGUCCGGGGGAUAAAGGAAAGCUUACUUAUCACGCUGUCGUUCAAAAAGCAUUGGUAAUGACAACACUGCAUUUAAAACUCCAUAACAACUUGUGUGUUAAAACCACACACUAUGAAGUGGAGUUUUUUAGCAUGACUAUAACAUGCUAAAGUGCAUACAAACCCUCUUAUUUCAAUUUUUUAAGGUGCUUAAUUAAUGUCCCAUUUCUGAAAACAUGCUGUGUGUUAGUGUUGUAUGACAGUGUUUCACAUGUCAUGUAAACACAAACACAACAUGUCUGACAACAUUAUAAACUAAAAGAGUCAUACUUGCUGUUUCAAAGCAUAGUACCGUCUGUCCGUCUGUCUAUCUGUCUAUUUGUCCAUCUACAGCGGAGGAUUUACGAAGAGUCGUGACCCUGAUGCAGAUAUGUUCAGUUAUAUAAGAGAAAAUCAGCACUGGAACAGCUGGAGAAGCAGCGGGAAUACAUUCUACACCUGCUUAAACAUGAAACACACACACACACACACACACACACACACACACACACACACACACACACACACACUUCUACACUGCUUUAAGACAUAAAAUCUGUGUGACCUCAUAAACAUACAUGCAGUCAAAAAAAAAUAAACAACAGCGAUCUGACAAAAGAAAAAUAAACGAAUAAAUC